AUGGUUUACAUGCUCAAACAAAUAAUAUCACUAUGCGUACUCAUAUAUUUAACCGGAUUUACGCUGGGAAGUCAACUAUCGAAUAUUGAGAAGCUACUCAACAUAAGCCAUUAUGAAACUCCUAAGUGGAGUCCUCCUGAUGUGACGUAUAUGAAUGAUUUCGGGGAUCUCACAAUUAUAUCGUACACGGGCGAACAAAAUUUUACCAUACAGGCGAACGAUUCGGCAUUACUAUACUAUAGUAACGAUACUUUCGUAAAGCUAUUUGACACGGCACAGGAUGCAAAAAUCGAAAAAAUUGUGCCAUAUCAGGAUGAUUCUUUUAUUUUAUCUGGAUCUGGGCAAAUUAAUGGGAUUGAUUUGGGCCACCAAGUAUUAUUGAACUUAACCAGCCUCACUACUAAACCAUUAUUGUCAAACCCAAUUAAAAAUGUUAAUGCUCUAUUAGCUGUAAAUAACAGCGUAAUCAUUGCAGGUAAUUUUUCCUACAAAGUUUCCAAUGUGACUGGUCAUGGUGUUGUUAUGUGGGACGGAUCUGACAAUUCAACAAAGCUUCUUCCUUUUGGGGGAUUCAGUGAUAAUUCCACUGUUAAUUCUAUCGUUCAGCUCGAUAAUGAGAAUAUUCUAUUCGCUGGUGAGUUUCAAAAUAUUCAAAACUCUACUUUACUGAGGCAGCUUUCGAAUGGAUCAAAUGGUACAUCGCAUAAAGAUAUAGCGGAUCUACAGUUUGAUCAGUCCGUUUCUUUGAAGCUGUCUUCGGUUAUAGGUGGUAACGUUCAGCAAGAUGCCUUAUUCUGCCCUUCUAGUGGUGAUUCAAACGGAUGGUUAGUCUCGGGGAGCGUACCUUCUAGUUUACAAAUAAAUUUGAAGAAUGAGAUUCGCCCUUCAAAGGUGAGAAUCUAUAAUUCUUUAGAUCAGGAUUCCGAAGUGUCUUUGUUUAGAAUCAUCACUUCCCCUUCCAAUGGUAUUAUGAACUUGACGUACUUGGAUCCAUCUUCAGGAGAAAUUAAGCAGUGUGAUGCAUGGUGUCCACUACUCUCCUCAAAAACUUUAACUGAGCUAUAUCAAAACUCUUCUUCUGCUAUUAGAUCAGUGCCUAUAGACAACAAUAGUACUAAUCUAAAGUGGUCUGACUCAUAUCAAGAAUUUGCUUUUGUAAACGAUGUUCCUGUAACAAUGCUCCAAUUUUUCGCUUUGGAUUCUUAUGGAAGUAAUGUUGCUCUUCACUCAGUCGAAUUAUUCGAGACGGAAUUCAUGGUGUAUGCGAAUAAUACAUACAACGAACCAAACUGUGAAUCCACAACCGAUUAUUCGAAAUCUGAACUAUCUGCUGAUAACUGGUACAUCAUUAAUAGUGGUAGUAAUUAUAUGGCCACUAACAUUCAAAAUAAUAAGCCCUACGUCAACUUCUUCCCCAACAUUACAUAUCCUGGUCAAUACACGUUAAACAUGUAUACACCAGGAUGUCUGAAUGAUAAUUCAUGCUCCCAGAGGGGAAUUGUAAACGUAACAUUGAUGGAUCCUUCAAGCAAUGAAAUUCUCGCUACCAAAUUAAUUUACCAAACCAAUGAUCAAGAUAAAUUCGAUCCUUUAUUCAGUGGUUUCCUACAAUCAACGCCAGAAGUCAUUCUUUCGUGGGAUCAGGCUCUUGGUGAGAACUCCAUUAUGGUUGCAGAUAGAUUGGGUGUUAUAACGGAAUCAAUUGAUACUAAGAAAAUCUAUGGUAACUCUACAUUUGAAUUGAACGGUCUCUUCCAGUACAACACCAAAAAUAUAUCUAAACCUUUUUCUGAAACAAAUGACACUCUAUCAAAUUAUGCAGUCGAUAACUUCCCAGGCAAUGCAAGUCUAUUCGCAGCUCUGUUUGGUGAUGAAUUAUUGAUUGCCGGAAACUUCAAUGGAAUCUCUAAAGUUGAUCUAGAUAACGACACUUUAAUUUCAUCAUCACAGAGACUUGGAACAACUGGCUUUACUACUGGUAUUUUUGAAUAUUCAGAGGGUUUACUUUUUACAGGUUCUUUUGAUGCAAAUGGUCAAAAUCAGCAUGAAAUAUUAAGCUAUGAUGGAAACAGUUUUAACAGUUUUGGGCAAUUAAGUGAAGAUAUUGCAAAUGUAGUAAACUUCACUGUGGAUGGUAGUGAACUUCUAUUGUUUGACCAAGCGUAUAUUUUCAACGUGUCUUCCAAUGGUUAUAUUUCAAACUCUUCCACAUUUGCAAUUUCUGGUGUUUCAUCUGGUGCUAAUAGGCAUAAUGAUUCUUUGCUAUUUGGUUCUAUUUUAAAGAAAACCAUUGGAAAUCUCAAUGACAUGGCAGUAUUAUCUCCUGAUGGACAAGUCUCCUCCCCAAAUCUACCUCAAUUCCCCGCAACUUACAGACCCUAUAAAGCAACAUAUAUUAACGAUACUACAGUGGUUUAUGCGCUUCAAGAGGUAAACAAUAAUAGCACCUCUUACAGGGUUGUGCUAACCAGUACUAAUUCAACAUCAUCUCAAUUGUUACAAUUAGAAUGGUCUGAACCUAUUAAUACGUUGUUGUUUAAUGAAAGGGAGAACAUUUUGGCAAUAGGUACCAAUGGGACAUCAAAGUUGAAUCAGAAUGAUGUCCAAUUCUCUGUCGUGAACUUAACCGGGUUCGAAAGCGUUGCCAAACAAAGCUUUGAUGGUACACAGUGUGUGAACUCAAUGGUAUCAUUUGAAAAAAAUAACAGUAUAUUAGUUGGUGGUUCAUAUAAGGUUGAAGGUUGCCAAGAUAUAUGUCUAUAUGAUUACCGUAGUGAUCAGUGGAAAAAUUUCCUCAAUGGAUCUAUUUCAGGUAAAAUAAACCAAUUACAGUUCUCGAAUGAAGGAAGUACUUUACUAAUAGGUGGUUUAUUACAGGUAGAUAAUAAAACUGAUAUUCAGCUUCUGUCCCUUAACCUUACCAGCAAUAAUCUUUCGGUUAUUAAAUCUGGUUCGAAACCUUUGGUCUCCUUUUCUCUGAUAGGACAAUCUAUCGAUAAUAUCAUAGCCCAAACCGAAGAUGAUUUGGAACAAAUUCAAAAUGGAAAUGUGAAAUCAAUACUCCCUCAAUUGAACGAAAAUUCCUCUAUUGCUGGCUUUACUGUCUUGUCUUAUCAAAAUUCGAAAAAGAGGGCGGACACUUCCCAUAUAAUACUAUUGGAUGGUGAAUUGAACGCUCAUGAUUUUGGGACACUAAACUCUAUGGUCUAUGAUGAUGCCAGUCAGGAAUGGUCACCGUUCUUCGUUACAUCAGGAUCUAAAGACUCUCAGAACCAACUACCAGGUUCUUUCUUCCAAGAUAUUGAUAAUCUUUAUCUAUCUUCCUCGCAAACUGUUCUAACGUCCAAUAAUUCUAGUCAUGCGCCGGUUUCCACACCGAAACCAACACCUACCAAAAAACCAUCGCACAAAAAGAAGAACAAAAUUAAUAGAGGAUGGAUUGUUUUGAUAGGACUGGCGUUGGCUCUAGCGACAAUAUCCGUCAUUGGUCUAAUUGGUGCCCUCUUCUCAUACCUAUUCAUGAGCCAUAAAGGAUAUGAAUCUCUCAAACCACGGAUCAAUCAAGAUGAAAUGUUGGAUACAAUUCCUCCGGAGAAAUUAAUGAAAUUUAUAUAA